AUGCCCAAGACUACACUCGAAAGCCUUGCUGCGCCAAGUCGCCCUUUAGAGGCGCCGGCUUUGGAUGAUCUAGAACUGCGGUACUCGUAUGAAAUCGCUCGAGGGGAGAUGGGCGUCUUGUCUUUUGAACCCUACAAGGAUCUCAUUUUGCCUUACUGGACUUUUCGAACCGUUCCGCUUGCACGGAAAUCAGCAGAGAUCUUAUGGUCCAUCUUCGAAUCGUACGUGGAACGCGGGGAUUUGGUCGGAGCAGACAUGACUCGCAAAUUCGUCCAGAUGGGGAUGACGCGCGCCCGUCGGUACGCCAACCAUAAAGGAGGUCGCAAAUAUGGCGCCGAUGGGAAGCAGUUGGCAAAGUGGACCGAAGACGAUGUGGACGGGAAGAGAAAGGAGAAAGAGGAGGCGAGUGAAAUCUUCAAGGUUUACUGGAGACGCUGCAUCGGCUCGGAGGAAUACAUUCGAUUGAAGAACGAAUGGUUGAAGGCCAAACAACAGUAUCUCAAGGUCCCUCGCAGCUAG